AUGGGAAAUUUAAUAUCUAAGCAAGACGAUCGUGAACCUAGAACGGUAGCUGAAGCAAAGGCUGAAAUCACGGAAGUACUUCGAAAAAUACAGGAUCACUACGCAGCUAUUAACCAAAUGCGAUUACAAGAUCGUAAAAAAUGGAAAUUUUUCAACAAAAGAGUUGAAGAACUUGAAGUUGUGAAAGCAAGAGCUUUGAAACAGGAAAGGAAGCGCUUGCGAGAUCAGGAGCGAGCGAAGGAGCGCGAUGAACUUGAAGCUAAAACUUUCUCCAAAGAAUUCGUCAUAACACCUUACGGUUCCAGCAAGGAGCAUAUCAAAUAUCCAAACCUUCAACAACAACGAGAACAGACAAGCGCGACGGAAACAAAGUCUAAAGAGAAAGUACCGUCGAAGCCUGAAUUCUUAGCCACUGCAGAAGAAAUCACGGAACCAAUUGAUCGCAGCAAAUCGACGGCUUCAUACAAAUCUCCUAAACCAAGUAUCGGCACUGCAAAACUGGAUGAGACCAAGAGUAGUGCUCACCUACUGGAAGAGAUAUCAGAUAGUGGAACCGGAUCUCCAUCCUCAAAACAUACUGCAGCAAAAAGCGUGGGAAGUGAAGAGCUAUUCGUCCAAAUCGAUAAACCAUCAGUACCCAGAAGGGUGAUUGGACCGUACCCAGAUGCAAUCAUACAUAGAGCUAAACUUGUAUCAGUUCCACUGCUGUUGAAUGAGGAUGAGAGCCUUUCUAGUGAGUAUACAAAUGUCUCGGUUCCUUCGUCUUCACAUAGGUCGCACAAGGAACUAAAGAAGCCUAAUUGUCCAAAACCAGUGAUAGGUGUGUCUUUUCGCACAUGUUCGCGGCGUAAGAAUACAGAAGAAAACUUUGCGAAAAAGCCAGUCACGGACAAGAGUGAAAAGCGAAGACGCAGAAAAUACGUGGAUUAUGCUCCUCCCAUAAACUUCCCGGAAGAACAUUACCACUACUUUUAA